CAGGUGAAAUACAUUUGAUACACACAGGGUCCGAAGGCGGUCGAUUUUUUUUUCUUCAAAACUAAUCGUAAGAGAUAUCUAAAAUGCGAAUCAUAAUACCAUUAUUGUGUAUACUUAUUUUUGCUUCGACAUACGCUAGUCCAGGUGAAGACAAUGGAGGCAAGAAAAAACGCCCCCGAAACGAAGAAAGGCCUCCAAGACGUAACCGUCCAAAUAAGAGACCUGGAAGUGGAAAUGACCCCUCUGCAACAACGACAACAACAACUGAAUCUUCGACGACCACGACGGAGCCAACUCCUCGUCCAAAUCGACCAGUCAAACCAGUUCGUUUCCAUGACAACAUGAAUAGAAAUGGUCCGAUGCCGGACCCUCCAAAGAAAAGCCGACGUCGGCCCACCUCUGGUGGGGGCACUGGGCAGCGUGGAAUCGGGAGUGUAAAGGUGGCUACAAGUGGUGCGCAGGGUAUACCUCAGACAAAACAGGUCAACACCAAUAGUCUUUCGUCAGAGAUGAAGCAAGUGUUCUUGAAUGCACAUAAUGAUUUCAGAAGUCAAGUCAACAGUCCAACUGCAGCCAAUAUGGUCCAGAUGGAAUGGGACGACAGCCUUGCCGAGAUGGCCCAAGGCUGGUCCGAUCAGUGCACCUUCGGCCAUGGCAAUCCGCCCAAUAUCUCUCCAUAUUCAUGGGUUGGUCAGAAUAUCUGGGCUGGAUCGGGGACCGGAUGGGAUCAUUAUGGAAUGAUUGAAGAUUGGUAUAAUGAGGUAUCUGAUUAUAACUACCAGACCAACUCCUGUACUGGUAUAUGCGGCCAUUACACUCAGGUUGUUUGGGCUGAGUCAACCCAUGUAGGAUGCGCCAUUACUACUUGUACCACAGUCCAGAACCUUGGUUGGUCACCAGCUACAAUAUUGGUCUGUAACUAUGGUGAAGGAGGAAAUUACGUAGGACAGAAGCCUUACGUGAGUGGUCCACCUUGCAGUCAAUGUCCUUCCAGUCAUCCGAUAUGUGUAAACGGCAAACUAUGUGCUGCUGAAGGAUCCAAUGCUAACCCUGGAUCCGGGAAUGGUGGUGGCAACAACGGUGGUAACAAUGGUGGUGGCAACACUGGUAGUGGUGGCAACACAGGAGGAAACGAUGGAGGAAACAACGGAGGGAACGACAAUGACAAUAUUGAAUGUGGAGGUACGUUGACAGAUAACCAGGGCUCCUUCACGUCACCUGGCUGGUCCGCGCCAUACCCGUUAAAUAGCCACUGCGAAUGGAUGAUCCAGGGAAACCAAGGGGACCAGAUAACUUUGACAUUGACAUACAUGGAUAUCGAGGUUGGACCAACAUGUUCUUGGGAUUAUCUUCAAAUUCAAACCUCUCCUUCUGACCCGGGUAUCAAGUACUGUGGGAUGCAGACCCCACCGCAAAUCACUUCAGAUAGUGGUAUGAUGCUUAUCACUUUCCACUCAGAUUAUACCGUACCCCGUGGAGGGUUUACAACCAACUACAAGAUCAUCGAAAAUAAACAAGAUGAAUGUGGUGGUAUCCUCCAAGGUGGAAAGGGUUGGCUUACUUCACCAGACUGGCCUUCUCCUUACGGUCCGCAACAAGACUGCCUGUGGACCAUUCGGGUUCCCCAGAACAAACGAGUGCAGAUAUGGUUCACGGCAUUCAACCUUGCAGAUCACGAGACUUGUUCUUAUGACCACGUCACUCUCAAACUCGGCGAUGAAAAAGUUCCGAUGAGAUUAUGUGGUUCAGAUGUGUCAACAGGCAAGUACACUUCCAUCGGGCAUGAAGUUCAGCUGCGAUUCAGAUCGACACAUGGUCCGGGUAAAAUAGGAUUCCGUGCACAAUUCAAGGCUGUUCGUUAAACAUUAUGUCAGUUAUUCAAUUAAAGUAUCAUCCAAGAGAUCCUUGGUAUUAUACAUGAGUCAUGCUAAUUCACAAUGUGAAGAAUAAAAAGAAAAUAUGCUUAUGUGGAAUACUGCUUUCUUAAUUUUUUGCUUUCACAUGUAAUUGCAACCAAACAUGUUUUUUUAAGUAUCUACGGGGUUAACUCAGCCUUUUCAAAAGUGAAGACUUUUUGACAAAAUUGGUUUUGGCCUAAUUGAGCCCAAGGGUUUCAACAUUUGUUAAUUUGUCAAGCGUUGAUUAAGUGAGUACUUAUUUACUAGUGUAACCAUAACAGUUUUCAAAAGUAAGAAGGGUAAUUUUAUUCUCAAAUCAAGAAAUUUGAUGAAUUAUAUCCUUUAAUGACCCAAUUAUACGUCUCCUGAGACGUCUGAACAUUUUGUCACAUAUCUGCAACUUCAUUGAAUAGGCCUACUGUUCAUCUUUUCCAAAUUUUGUAAUUAUGAAAUCUAUAGGCUGAACCGAUCCCUAAUAAAUCAGUGGUGUUAUGAGCGAAAAAGAAACUUUGACACAAUACAAAAAUAUUAUUUGUGAUACAUUUUGACAUGAUAUUCAGAAAACAUUUUUAUGUCAUCCUUUUCUUUUCUCAUUUUACUUUCUUGGUCCUGAAAAUGUAAGAGGGUCCAAGGAAGCAUAUUCAAUCAAACCUAAUUUUGAUUUGCCAGGAAUUUCAUAUUUCAAUUUGCCCAGGAUUGGUAUUCUGAAAAUUGUCUUAACUUUUCUUGUAAGUAAGCAAGAUAACAGCACGCUAAAAUUCUCUUAAAUUGGUAAUCUGAAAAUUGUCUUAUUUCUGUAAGGACGUUUCCUAUUUUAUCUCUGACACGCCCAAUUUUCUGUCAUCAACCAAUCAUUAAGCUUGUUAUAUGCUCAGGUCAACCAAUAGAAGCGUCUCUUCUGAAAAAUAAUGAAGCGCAUUGUUGAUAUGAAGCGUAAUUUUCUUGCGCCCCCGACACUUUUGCUUGUGUGCU